AUGGCUUUUAAUGGCCACGCCACCAGGACGCAGGAGGUUCAGUGUCCAGUGGAAACUUUCCUGGCGCCACAUCCCUUCCGAGACCUCGGGAGCUGGUGUCAGGUACAAGGACAGCCGAUGAAUGUUGACCACUUCAGGGUGUUCCCAUUGGCUUAUGAGAUCUACCAGAACAUUCCAUCAUUGCUGAUGGUCGAAAACUGUCGUGGCAUGGACGUCCCGAUUGCUGUCCGAUAUGAAUCACCAGAGCAUGUGCUUCUUUUGACAUAUGUGGCAACACAGAGCCUGCAGGUGUAUAACAUCAUCCAAUGGGUUGGUCUACAUGCCGACAUCAACUACGACCUGGAGAUUGCCAGGAAUGGUGUUCUGGUAAACCAAUAUAGGAUGACCACCUUCCGGCCUGGUGAUUUGCUGUUGAUUCGUGCCCACCCCUAUGACGGGAGCACAACGGAAACAGGAUUCUCUAGUGGAUCAAUGCCAGGAAGUUCUCAAGUCACCUGGUCAUCUCAAGAAGGAUCGGGUGAUGGAAGUUUGCAAUUGCAGUUUCCCCAGAUUGCAGAAGAAGAGAUGGUGGACGACGAUCAUGUUGGUUUCUUUCAAUGGAGGGGACCUCCCUUUCAUGGCGCGAAUCCACGCACACCGCAGCCGGGGCAAGCUCCAGGCAGGACUCCAGAUGAAGCCCUAUGGGAAGUCAACACACGAAUGCAUGGGCUAGAUCUGAUCCAGCAUGAUAUGGGAGCUUUUCUCUGGGCCCGUGAACGUUGGCCUCCCCUGAUCAUCCAUGCUACGUGGGUAAAUGGUUAUUUCGUGGAACCCAUGGGUGAAGGGGGCAUCUCGCAGCGUGAGCUUAUUGUUGCGGUCAGACGAGCGGUACAGAAUGCUGUGCCCCCAUGGGAGAUGCUGGAGUUCGGCUUUGUGAGGCCCCAGCCUACCCCGUGGCAGGCACAGGAUUUGGACGGCAUGCAUUUGUUGGCUGUCCCACGGGCUCUGAGGGCCUAUGAGGUUGCAGUGCUGUUGGUGAUUGAGCAAAUUCGCGAUGGCCGAUCGACAAUCACUUUGAGGCCGUUGUUGGCCACUAGGAGACAGAACAAAUGGAGCUUGCUGCAGAUUGUGGGUCUUGAUCAAGAUUGUGCGGACCAGGUAUGCUCAGUAAGAUGUGGGGCAAUUCAUCCCCUGGGGAGCCAAUGGGUGCUCCUGGAAAGCUGGAUGCGCAUUGACAUUGAGGUGGGCGAGUAUCAGGAUCAGUGUGGAGAACCUCUGGCGCGAAUGGACUUGGGAUCUCCACCAAUCCAUGAGGACACAUCCACCUUUGGGGAUGCGGCCUCCUUUCUUCAGUUCCCGUUCUCCGGCUCGAGUCGGCCGAACCAUGAUGAUGGAACCCUCAUGAUGCUGGAGGAAGAAGAAAUGACCUCCUUUUCACAAGCACCUCUUGAUGUGCCAGAAUUGCCGGUUGAAGUUGCUGUUUUGGCUGACUGGGAGGUCACCAGGGUUUGGGCUGCUGCCGUGGAUGCGGGCUUUCUGCGGCUAUUCCGGGAACCUGAUAGGGAACGAACGCUCACUGUCUAUAACCUCGUGGACAGUGACACUUCUAAUGUCCCGUAUCUGCUUCCCUGGUUUGGCGGAAUGAGCUUCAUCUCGGCGAUCCAACAAGCCUGGCCGGAUCUGCAAGAUGGCCAGUGGGAUUUCCAAGCUUUUUGGCCUGACACUACGUUGGUAGCACAGCCGCCUGGUUGUGUGGUUGUCCUAGCACCCCAAGAUCAGUUGUUUGCCCACGCAGAACCUCGAUGCUGGUAUGUGGAAUAUAUCUUGCAGCUGGAAGACCACUGUGCCAGUUAUGCUGAAGUCGAGUUCAUUGAACCCGAGGUGCGAGUUCGUGAUGUACUAGCCCGAAGAUCAGUGACAGCUCAGGCACUCAGUGGGGAGAUGAGGAUUGAGCACAACGGAGUCCUCUUGCAACCUUUCCAUCGCCUUAUUGUCCAACAUGGCGAUGUCCUGACUAUUGUGGUCAGCCGCAGAGCAGUACAGAGAUUGCAAGGGGGACGAUGGGACCCUGCCGUGGAUGGGCAGAUUGCGCUCUAUGGAUGGAUGGCAGUUCUUUAUGCUGGCAUGGGGAUUCUACGAGGAGCCAUCAACUUCUAUCAUGAUGAAAGAUGGCUUCGAAGGCAAAUGAGGAGGCUCUGGGUUGACUUCAGGGAGCGAGCAUUUAUGCAGGUGCAGUUGCACCCUACUGCGUAUGUCUCAACUCUCCUGCAGAAGUUUGCUCUUCUGGUUGUGGUCGACCUGGGACCACCUGGCACGAAUACACCUGUGGUGAUGGAAUCCAGUGACGAAGAUUCGAUACCCCUGCUGAGCACGCACAUCCUGGCCUUCCGGCUCUGGAGACAAACAUCACGACCUCGCCUGCUGCACAUUUGGAGAACCUGGCAACAAGAUGAAGAACUACGACCGGUCUCUUUAUGGCACAAUGGAGUGGCAGUGGAGCAGGAUGACGAUUUCCCUGUUGAAGCUGGUGAUUACUUCUUUGUGAAAGCGGCUCCGAGAGGAUGCAAGCGACCCAGACUGGACCAGCAGAUUGCCAGAAUGAGCCGACAAAUGGUAUCGGGCCGGUCCUUGAUGCAGCGACACAGGAUCAGACGAGAAAUCUCUGACGUCUAUGAGGUGUAUCAGAGAUAUUCCCCAUUCCCGUCUAUUUUUCGAUGUGCACCUGGACACUGGCUCACUGGCCUACGGUCCUGCAUUUUGGACCACUUGGGGGCUAUGUGGCUUGACACAGACCGCACCAACGCUUUGAUCUUGGAGGUCAAGCCCCAACCGGCUGGGAGACCGAUGGGUGAGAAGAUGGUGGUUCUGGCUAUGCCGGGCUCUUACAUGCCCACACAGAGUGUGAUUUUGGUUGGCCUAUACUUUUCUGACGUGCAGUACAAGCAGGUUCUUGUGAUUCCCCACCUUCUCACCAGGCUACAAUUCAUUCAAGAGCUAGGGCUGACGAAAGAGUGUGGCAAGUACGGCAUCUCUAGAUGCCUAAUUCAAGUCGGAUUCGCACCCUGGGAGCAACAAGAUCCGCAUGCCCGACUACUGGCGCACUCAAGCUAUCUUCAAGUUUGGGUGGAUGGACAAGAUCCAGGCAGUUGUCAGGACAAUGCACCUGAUGAAGGUAUGUCCUCUCAGGGGUCAGAUGACCAGGCUUUGCUGCAGGUUACCUGGCCGGGCCAAGAGGUUCUUGCUCUUCAGAAGCUCUCUCCUCCUGGCAACCCUGUGCGCUUUCAUCCAUGGGUGGAAGAUGAUGAGGACGAAGCGGGCGGUGGACAUUAUGACCCACGAUGUGACAAUGACUUUUGGCUGGAGUUCAUACAGGGCACUACUAACACGAGUCGGGCCUCGGUGCAUGCAGAGAAUGAGACUCAUGUGGAGGCAGUUCGAAGUCAACAAGCUGCCUUGCCCUUGCAGAAUAGCACCUAUUCCCAAGAGGCCACAAAGAUGGAGGAAAUGCGAUCUUCUGCUGAAGUUGGACGGCAACUAAGUGCAUUUGUGGAUAACUUCCUGGAGGUGAAAGAACUCUGGUUCUACCUUGAUGGCUCCAAGGAUGAAUACGGAACAGGAGCUGCGGUGACCCUAUGGGCAUGGGGUGAAGAAUGGAUACCGCAAAAGGAGGCAGAUGAAGAGGUAGCUGCAACCUUGGCAGGCUGGCAGGACCAGAGGGCGCCUGGGGCAGAAGUGGCACUUAAAGGCACCAUAAUGUCCUGCAAUGUGUUGAAUAUUGCCCUCGCGGCCCUUCAAGAAACGCGUCUCAAGAAUCUGGCGUUCAGGGAUGAUCACUAUAUGAUCAGGUGCCACCCGGCUGAAAGGGGGCAUGGCGGUGUCAUGUUAGCCCUCAAUACCUUGUUCUUCCAGAUCAUUGAGGCUGAUGGUCAGGUGCGACGAAUUCAUGAAGAUCAAUGGACUGUGGUGGCAAGCUCGCACAGAUUCAUUUUGACGAGAUUGUGGACCGGCUCUGUGGAUCUCCUCAUUGCAAAUCUACAUGUCCCACACAGUGGGCACACUGUAGCUGAGCUCACUGAUUUCUGGGAGACCGUUCAACGAGCAAUACCAGAUCAUCUAAGAGGCAAAGAAAUGAUCCUGAUGGGUGAUUUCAACGCAAGGGUCGGCCAAGUGACUUCUACGGCCAUAGGAGCCUGGGGCGGUGAUGAUGAAUCCAUAGCUGGAGGACUCUUGCAUGAGUUCCUUCUGCGGCAAGGUCUCUUCUUGCCUGCCACCUUCGAGGGUAUACAUGAGGGACCUACAUACACAUGGAUCCACCGCAAUGGAGCCAAGGCACGAUUGGACUAUGUGGCCAUUCCUUUGAAGUGGACUACUACCAGACUACGUACUUGGAAUGACUUUGGGCUCCAGGCCCAUCAACAUUUGCAUGAUCAUCUGGCUACAUGUAUGCAGCUCACUGCUACCAUUGGCGGAAGCCCCGAGCUCACACGGAGUCGUCGAGCACCGCCCAGAGAGAAAUUGGACGCCCUUCAUGGGCCAUUUGUGAUGCGCCAGGUUGUUGACACUAUGGCUCCGAUCCCAUGGAACCUGGACAUGCAUCAACAUGCACAUGAGCUCGUGAAGCGCUUCAACCAAGGCAUACAAACUGUCCUUCCUUUGAGGGGGCGCUUUCACCGCAAGCCCUAUCUUGCUACAGACACUAAGGAUGCUAUCAUUGUGAAGGCGGCCUGGCGGAAGACCAUGUUACAGCUGCAAACGUGGAUGAAGCAACAUUCCCUGAGGACAUGUUUUUGUGCAUGGGCACAAUCGGCCCAGUCCCCCUCUUGGGAAUGGCUAGCGGCUUUUGAACGCCUUAUGGGAAGGCAUUGGGCUCAUGCAAUGAAGCAUUUUCGCCAGGUGAGAAACCAGACCACCACUCUUUUGAGGAGAGAUGCCAACCACUUCUUCGAUCAGCUGAAGCAGAGUUGGGGUGAAGUUGACUGCAGUGGAAGCACUCGUGAGCUGUGGCAGAAGGUCAAGAUGUACCUCCCUAAGAUGCAGAUGAGACGAGAAGUUCGCAGUGCACAGCAACAGGAAGCGAUGAGGGAACAAUGGGAACCUCAUCUUUGCCUGUUGGAGGCUGGCACACCAACCCAAUUGAAGGAACUCUAUGAGGAGGUGCUUGCAAAGCCACAGGAAAAAGAAGAGAACUGUGUGCACCACUUCGCGGACCUCCCGACUCUCACAGCAAUAGAAGUCUCCCUCAGGCGCACUAAACCUGGGAAGGCUAGUGGCCCAGACGGCCUGGAGUCGACGUGGCUUCAUUGUGCAGCUGGGGCAAUGGGCACAUGGGUGUACGACGCUGUGUUGAAGAUGAUGUACACCAUGAACGAGCCCAUUCAAUGGAAAGGCGGCACCCUCUACAUGUUGCCAAAGGUGAUCCAGCCCACAGAACCUUCGCAAUUCAGAGGGGUGAUGCUUCUUGGAGUACUCGUCCGCCGGAUCCAUGCCCUAUUCCGUGAUGCCCUCAUGGCUCAAGUUUCAGAACAGUCACCACCGGGGCAACUCGGAGGAUUUCCGCAUCAAGAGUGCCUUUUUGGAAGUCUUUAUGUGCGCACUUUGAUGAGGCGCGCAUACCAGGCUAAGCUUCCCAGCGCCAUCCUCUUUGUGGACUUGAGGGCGGCAUUUCACUCCUUGGUGAGGGAGCUGGUUCUAGGGAAGGAUCUUGGCGGACAUGUGGACCUGAUGGCGCUCCAAGAAACUUUGAAGAAGGAAGGUUUCGAGGAUGACCUCAUACACAAGAUGACGCACUCUCAUGGAGUUCUUCCUGAAGGGCCCUUGAAGGCACUCAUGCGCGAACUGCACGGAUACACAUGGUCCACUAUCCAUGGUAGAGGCGUGCGCACCGCAAGAGGCUCACGACCAGGGAGCCCUUUGGCGGAUGCUUUGUUCCAUUGCUUGAUGAGCCCCAUUGUUGCCAAGAUUGAAACUCACUUGCAGGCCCGGCCCCAGCAGCGGCAUGCCCGAGAAACCCUUGGCACUCAAGCGGUACAAGUGGUGUGGGCUGACGAUUUAGCCGUACCACUCCUUGCUAUGAGCAACGCUGAGAUGGAGGCAGAGAUCAAGUAUGCCUUCGGUGUUGUCUUUGACAUUUUCCAUGAAUAUGGCAUGACGCUCAAUACGAGCAGGGGCAAAACAGAAGUUUUAGUGACUUAUGCAGGUCCAGAAGCCCGUGCCUUCCCAGAAAGACUUCGAAGAGAGCCCCAGAUGACUGUGCAGGUGGGAACAUCGUCAUCUACCAUGUGCCUUGUCUUGGGGAAUGCAUAUAAGCACUUGGGGACUACCAUGGCCGCGGCAGGACGUCUCCACCUUGAGGUCAAGCGCAGAGUAGGACAGGCAUGGGGUGCAUUUCGUCAACUUGCUCGGCCAGUCUUUUUGAACAAGGCUCUCAAGGAAUCCACACGCAUUUUCCUGCUGGAGACAUUGGUUUUCACUAAGCUGCUUUAUGGAUGUGGCAGUUGGAAUGGCCUAACUCUAGCGGAUGAGCACAAACUUUCGGUCUGCUACUUGGGUUUGCUUAGGCGGACUCUGGGACAGGUGAAGACUCAUGAUGCUGAGGUUCUUAGUGACUUGGCCAUCUUGCAGCGGACGGGAUGUGCACCGAUUAUGGUGCGGAUCUCGCAACAACGAUUUCUUCUCGUUGCACGGGUGGCUCGCUUUGCACCGUCCUUUGUGCACGAGGAGUUGCUCCGGGAAGAGGCCGAGAUGGCGCAAAGCUGGCGAGGCAUGGUGACGGAGGACCUCGGAUGGCUUCAUGCCAUGGUGGAUCUCUCGACAUGGGGGACUACUUUGCCGGCGCUUUGGGAGGCUUGGCAGCAUCAGAAACCAGGUUGGCAACAUGUGCUGCGGAAAGCAGUGCAAAAAUACCGGUGCAUCAUGCAUCUUUUGCACACUGCGCCUGUGGAGCGUGGUGAAGAAGAGGAAACUCUUCAGGACCUCUGGAUGAAGGUGCACUGCAAAUGCCACUGCGGGCAAGGUUUUGCCUCCUUGAAAGCGCUGCGAAUGCAUCAGACGACAGCCCAUUCAUGGCGCACGCCAAUCUCGGGAUACCUCCACGGGGCAACCUGUCCAGUCUGCCUUAGGCACUACUGGACGAAGAAUCGCCUUCGAAUUCACUUGAGGUAUGUCUCCCGGAAGGGCAUUGGCAACAUUUGUGCUUCAUGGCUGCAAACCUUUGGGGUGAGCGAAGAAGCGCGUGAGGGCCUCCCCGCAGAUUCUUUUGUGGCCCUGAAAGGGGCAUGCAGAGUGGAGGCAGUGCAGCUCCAUGGACCUCGGGUUUUUGGAGCCACCGUUGACGAUGUCACCACUUUGGAGCAGAACUUUCUCGACCUCAAAGAAGAGCUUGAGAGAUCUGGGGUCUCCUUCCAUCCGGACCCUGACUUCUUACAAGCUAUCGGAGAGGAAUGCGCUCAGGCUGCUGCCACUGGAAAUGCAGUGCAAACCUUCUACCAGCAAUGGGAAGAUGUGGACAUGGGCAUUUUGCUCGGCAUGGUCUUCCUAUGGGGCACGCAGGGCGACCUUGAUGAGAAGGGCAUGCAUUGGUGGAGGACUUGCCUGAUGUCUGAACCGCAGGGUAGGACUCUUGUGCAGUUGCAUGACUGGGCCGUCAUGAUCCAAAAAGCAUGGCAGGUCCACAAUGAGCGGCCGUCCCGGCCGCCCUAUCGCGGCCCACAGAAAGGCUUCGUGAAUGCACACACCCACAGCACACAGAUGCUUGGGCGAGGGCUUGUGUCUCCGCUGCCCCUGGACUUGUGGAUCUUGCAGAUGUUGGCGGUCACAGGUGCUGCUGUGGAGAAGUUCGAGUCCCGAGCCAAGGCGGCGUAUGUGGCUGCGCUCUUCUGUGGGGUCGAAUGCCUCAUGUCAGGCGGGCGGAUCAUUGCUUCAUGCUGAAGUUUGAGGAGGCAGAAGCAGCCUGCAGGGCCUAUGAGGUACGAUGCAAGCGCGAACUGUGGUCACUGCUUCGACCACAAGUGUAUAAUUAUCCAAGAAGUUUCAACACUCUACUAGGAGCAAGGACGCUAGUAGUAGCUCCUGGCCUUACUACUACGAACAAGAAGCUAUUAGAAACAAGAAGCUACUAG